AUGAUUCUUCUGUAUUACUACAACAUUCUCUUUUAUUGCAACUGUCCACCAUUUUUUUUAUUUGCAAUUUGCCGAGAACGGGCUCAGAUGACCUUGCAGCUUUUAUUAUUCAAAAGUUGCCUUUUACGACUUCUUCUUUUUCUUAUCAUUCUUCUUCCUAUUAUUUUUACUAUAUUCUUUCUUUCUUUCUUUCUUUCUUUCUUUCUUUUCUUUCUUUCUUUCUUUCUUUCUUAUACUGUUUUUCUCCUUUCUUUUCUCAAUUCUUCUCCUCCCCUUCUUAAUCAUUCUUCUUUCUUAAUCACUUUUUCUUCUCUUGGGUUAACUUUCUUCUUCUUCUUCUUCUUCUUCUUCUUCUUCUUCUUCUUCUUCGACUAUUUCAAUUUCUUCCCCUUCUCUUCUCUUUCUCCAUCUUCUUUCUUCAUUAUCUCUCUAUCCUUCCACUUAUUCAAUGAUCCCAGCACAAAGGUUCACUUUACACGAGCAAAUGAAAAGGCUACCCCAGUACGUGUCCGUGGUGAGGAAAACAUUGAAGAGAAUGUCAAAAGUGAUUGCGUUUCUCUUCUGGCGUUCCUCCUUUGA